CCGCCCGCACCCGGAAGUACGUCUCCCACAGUGGCUGGAGCGAUCGAGGGGGCAUUUUCCGGGUAGUGGCUUCUCGCUCACGGGGGGCGGUCAUGGCGGCAGCGACCGAGCUGCAGGGGAAGUACCAGAAGCUGGCGCAGGAGUAUUCCAAGCUUCGUGCUCAAAAUCAGGUAUUGAAAAAGGGUGUUAUGGAUGAACAAGCAAACUCAGCAGCCCUAAAGGAACAAAUGAAAAUGAAGGACCAAUCACUCAGGAAGCUGCAGCAGGAAAUGGAUAGUUUGACUUUUCGAAAUCAGCAAUUGGCCAAGAGGGUAGAGCUCCUUCAAGAUGAACUUGUGUUAAGUGAAUCUAAAGGCAAGAAGAACAAGAAAAGUGGUGAGCCUGCAUCUCAGUUGAGUCAAGAACAGAAAAAUGUCUUUGGUGAAGAUCUUCAAAAAAAGAUAGAAGAGAAUGAGCGGUUACAUAUUCAGUUCUUUGAGGCAGACGAGCAACAUAAACGCUUAGAAGCUGAGCUGAGAAGCAGACUUGAAGUUUUGGAGAUGGAGGCUGCACAGCAUCAAGCUGUGGUGGAUGGCCUUACUAGGAAGUACAUGGAUACAAUAGAAAAGCUGCAAAAUGAUAAAGCCAAGUUAGAAAUCAAAUCUCAAAGCCUAGAGAGAGAAGCCAAGGACUGCAGAGUUCGAACAGAAGAGUGCCAGCAGCAGCUACAGCAUCUUCAUACUGACUUGAGUAGCAGAUUGGAUGAGUCUUUACAGAUUAUAAGUGAAAAAGUACCUUUCAAUGAUACAAGAUAUAGCCAGUAUAAUGCUCUGAAUGUGCCAUUACAUAAUAGACACAGGCAGCUGAAACUUCGUGGUCUUGCUGGACAAGCUCUGGCCUUUGUCCAGGAUUUAGUGACAGCCCUCCUUAAUUUCCACACCUACACUGAGCAGAGAAUCCAGAUUUUCCCCAUUGAUUCUGCCACAGAUACCAUUUCACCAUUAAAUCAGAAGUUUUCACAGUACCUUCAUGAAAAUGCAUCCUACAUUCGCCCACUGGAGGAAGGAAUGCUGCAUUUGUUUGAGAGCAUCACAGAGGAUACCAUCACAGUGCUGGAAACAACGAUGGAAUUAAAAACUUUUUCUGACUACUUAACAUCUUAUGUCUGCUUUCUCAGGAAGAUUCUUCCUUAUCAGUUGAAAAGUUUGGAAGAAGAGUGUGAAUCUUCUCUUUGCACAGCUGCAUUAAGAGCCAGUAAUGUGGAGCUGCAAAAUGAUAUGAAGAAGCUGACAGCGAUCUUUGAGAAGCUGCAUACGUACAUUAGUCUUCUAGCCUUACCCAGCACAAAAGCGGAUCGUCUGCUUCGAACGAACUUCAGCUCUGUGUUCACAUGCAUUGCUUCAGCUCUUAAUGGAUUUCAUGAGGUUAUGAAAGAUAUUUCCAAGCAUUUUAGUCAAAAAGCUACCUUGGAACAUGAGCUCCCCAUAGCCACUCAGAAGCUCAUCACCACCAAUGACUGUAUCUUAUCCUCUCUGGUGGCAUUAACUAAUGGAACAGGCAAGAUUGCUUCGUUCUUCAGCAACAAUUUAGAUAGUUUCAUUCUAUCACUGAGUUAUGGGCCUAAGGGAGGAAUGGCAUUUAUCAACCCCCGCGCAGCCGAGUGCAUGCUUCAGUAUAAGAAGAAAGCAGCUGCCUACAUAAAGCUUUUGAAGAAGCCCUGUCCUGAUUCAGUGCCUUACGAAGAGGCUUUGGCCAAUCGCAGGGUUCUUUUGAGUUCCACAGAGAGCAGAGAAGGCCUCGCACAGCAGGUCCAGCAGAGUUUGGAAAAAAUUGCAAAAUUAGAGCAGGAAAAAGAGCAUUGGAUGCUGGAGGCCCAGCUAGCCAAAAUUAGGCUGGAGAAAGAGAAUAAAAAAGUAUCUGAAAAGGCCAAAAAUUCUGUUGGCAGCCAGCUGAUUGAAGCAACCAUGGAAAAUUCCUUUGUGCUAAAUGCAGUGGAACAAGAGAAGGAUGAUGGCACAGAGAAAGCUUUGAGAGAGCCAGUUCAAAGUACAAGUUUGGUUGGAAUGCUAACAGUCACCACUGGAAAUGAAGAGGUUCCAGAAGCUGAUACCAGGGAAGACUUGAUAAAGAACCACUAUAUGGCAAGAAUAAUAGAGCUUACAUCUCAGUUGCAGCUAGCUGAUAGCAAGUCCGUACAUUUCCAUGCAGAGUGCCGAGCACUUGCAAAACGACUCACUCUAGCAGAGAAAGCUAAAGAAUCAUCACUGGAAAAAAUGCAACUAACAAGACUUAACAUCAGCAAGUUACAGGAUGAAUUGACAACAACCAAGAGAAGCUAUGAAGAUCAGUUAAGCAUGAUGAGUGACCACCUUUGCAGUAUGAAUGAAACCUUAACCAAACAACGGGAAGAGAUAGAUACAUUAAAACUGGCUAGCAAGGGAAAUUCCAAGAAGAACAAGAGCCGAUAGUAUUGGUUGGCUAGCUGUUUUUAGGAUUAUGCUGCUGCGGAGGAAACACCGUUGCUAGAACUGGAUUUCGGUUGGCAAAUCACCUAUUGCCUGGAUGUGGCUGUAAUGCAAUUUAUGCUUUGGUGUUGUGCGUAGAAUUGAGACCAUACUGGCUUUGUUAGCCAGCAAAAUCCAAACUGAACUUGGUGUGGUCAGGAACACAGGCUGGAGAAUGAAUAUUGUAUGGAUAGCAUGCAUAGGACUUAACCAUAACUUUUUAUCAUACCCUUUGGAUUACUUUUAAUUUCCAUCUCCAAACUUCUUCAAUUGCGUAUGUUUAGGUGUAUAUUAGAUGAACAGAUUGGGCAUCAAUGCAGUAGUUUCAUUUUCCAUCCAUUCUUGUCUAUAGAAUGGUCAUCUGUCUCUGCUCAUCCAUUCUUGUCUAUAAGAAAUAACCAACAAAAGCAGGCACGUCAAGACUUUUUCGGCAUUGUCCAGCUGUACAAUUAUCGUAACAUGUCGUCUUCAUGAGUUUAGAGGAUUGCCUAAGAGAGGUAGCCUCAAAAUGCUUACCCUGAAACAUUCAGUCCAAUGGAACUAAUACAAAUUCCUAUUAACUGUAAUGAACAACUGAAAAUGUACAAUAGUUGUCUUUUGAAAUGAAGUACAGAAAGAGGGCCAAAGAAGGAUUUAAUGUAAAAUUGUGAUGGUCUUUUCACUUAUUUUUGUUGAUGUUACUUAUUUUUCACCGAAAAGUGAUGACUAAGAAAUCACCUUCACUAGCUGGAAUAAGAUGCAAAGAAGAAAAACACUUAAAAGGUUAUAACGUAAAAGCUGGUAUACAAGAUAAGUUAUAGUAAGUUAUUGAAUUAGUAAAGCUGUGUACAGAAGGACUGGUAUAGAAUUUGAUGUACCCAUAAAUAAGCCUACAUACUAGGAGGUACAGUGCAGAGAUUUGGCUAUCUGUUUGCAUCUCUACCUACAUUUUUACAUUGCGGUUUGUCUUAUUUUCCCUAUCCUAUUCAUGUCCUCUUGAGAAUAGUGGCUUGAAUCUUGAGGUUCACACUAAUUCUUUCAUAGGGAUACUCGUUUUCAUAUUCCAGCAGAGUACCCUAUUUCUAAACAUCUUAUCUGGCCCUAUUAGAGGCUGAAUUAAUCCUUGGUUGAUUGUUCUAUGGACUUUUGAAAUUGCCAUCUAAAUAUACUGAUAUUUCCAUUUGCUUUUUUUUUGGGGGGGGGUAAAAAAAGUGUUCCCUCAGACCUCAGCAUGGGAGUACUUCACCAGGAAUUCACAAAAAUGUUCACAACUAUAUUAAUUCUACUGACUAUAAAAGAUAGCUGUUCUACCAUCAGAGGUUACUCCACUGUAUUAACUAUGUCAAUGUGCAUUAUGAAUGUAGAAUAAAUACACUGCUAAGUUAAAUAUUCCCUUUAGCAGUUUUUUUUUGAGGGGUGGUUGUAGUCUGCAAUUUCACAGUAGAUGUAAUUUUGAGAAACUCCGUCUUGGAUAAAUUUAUAUCUCAUGUUUUAUGUUUUUUUAAGAAUAUAUCUGUAUUACAGUGUCUGGAACAAAUAUGAUUAAAUGUCUUGGCUAAUGGAAA